AUGCCGGCCUGUCGACUGUGCCAAAAGGCCAAGGUCGACUGCACCAUUUUUGACCAUGCACUACAGCAGACGUUGUCCCGAAAGUAUAUCCAGGCUCUCAUCUUGCGCCUGGACAGCCUCAAGGCAAAACACGCCGCUAUCACACUAGAGGCUGAUGCUGGCCGGCAAGCUCUGCCAGAGGGUAUUCCGAAUCAGUUGAAGACGCAUCAAGCGCAAAGCAAUUUCCCUUGCCUCCCGGGAUCAGUACCCGAUACUGAACAUGGGGGAGACUUUAACAACCAUUUCCUUGUUCCCAGCGUCAAUGGGUCGACUUCCCGAUUCUAUGGUUCGAGCUCCGUGUUUGCGCUUGCAGUCGAGGUUCUGGCAUUGGCCUCCGAUAAGAAUCUCUUCAGCCCUUCGGGUCCAUCGGAGCCUCUUCUUUCAGCCAAGGACGGCCACGACCGUGAUUUGGAUUCCGUAGCCCCCACUGCAGUCUUUGAUACUGGAAGAGAUUUUGUGCAGUCACUCAUCGCAGAUUACAUGGCAUCCAUCAAUGUCAUACAUCCAUGUAUUGACGAAACUCACCUGGAAGAGGACCUUGAUAGGUUUUUGGCAACGAGUGGAGCUCUGGAGUUCGACGCAGACAAGCUGCAACGGAUCGAAAAGUAUCAAUGCUUCCGCAUCGCCAUGAUGUGUUCCAUAUCCUGCGUCGCUAAGGCGCGGCACAGUCCAAGCCUCGUGGCGUACGGCAAUCAAUUCUACGCACAGGCUGUGAGGUACGUUGAAGAAGUGACGGCGGAGGUCUCUCCCCAGUCUCUCGAAGCCCUCCUCCUUCUCGUGAUUUAUUGUCUCUUCAAUCCCCGCAAAGGCAAUAUAUGGAAGAUCCUAGACUUCGCCUGUCGCUUGAGCGUCCAAUUGGGCUAUCACACUGAACAAGGGCAUUCGGUAUUGGAGAGUGAAGACAACAAAACCUGGAGGAGGACAGCCUUUUGGAGCCUCUUCUCCAUAGAGCGAUUGGUAGGGCAAUGUUUCGGUCGACCUUCAGAUCUGCCCAGCUCUAUCGUCACCACAGAAUAUCCGACCGUACUCACAGAUCCGGCACUUUUGGACGACGAAUCAAGACAGAAGGUGUCAGCCGCUCAAGUAUUCCACUUAAUGUUCCUUCGCUCAGAAAUCUACACGGACAUUUACCUUUCCGCUACCAGCCCCCUCCCGAGGCUGGACUGGUUCCUCGAGCAACACGCCGCGUUGCGACAAUGGCACCAGAAUCCCAGCCAAUGCUUCCUCAUCAACGACAGCAAGAAUCCCGCGGGAGUUGGCGAGGUCACGCGCGAUAUCAUGUACCACGCCUCGGUUCUCUUCCUCUUCCAACGCCAUCUUCUCGAGGCCCUGGCCACGAUUCGGCACAAUAAUCCACCACAGCGAGACCUCUCCCAGCCAAACCACACCCUUACUAUCACCUCGGAACCCUACCACUCCUCGAAGAUUCUUCUGAGGUUAUACACCCUCAUUAUCCGCUCGACGGCGUCCAAUUCACUCCUAUCCAUAUUUCCCGUAACUUUUCUCGCGGCGUACUCGAUCUUCCAAGCGGGCAUGACGCUUGUAUCAUACGCUCUUCUCUCUCUUGAGUGCGCCAUCGAAAUCCAAGGCCCCUCCUCUCUCAAUCCUGAAGGCCGCCGAGAUUUAGAGAGGGAAAGAAACGAAGAGACGGAGCUUGAUUUCUCGGACCUGCUGAGCCUGUCGAACGACUGCCUAGUACUACUUUCCUGGUGUAAAGAGCAAUGGCCUGGUAUGGAGGGCAUGGUAGACGCCUUUGCGAGAUGUAGUGCUGAAACAAUAUGGAAGGUGCUGAGAGUGCAAAAAUGA